AUGGUCCGCAUUACCGCAUCCGUUUUGGCCUUUGCCGUGACUGCCAUGACUGCCACUGUCAGUGUCAGGAGCUCUGGCGACGUCAGCACCGGAUCGGCCGACAAGUUCCAUGCCAGGGCCGUGUCGGGGAUGCAUGUCGAGAGAAGGGAGCAGGACGAUGAAUCGGCCGACCAAAUACCAAAGCUGAUGGACGAGUUGGAGAAGUCGCUGAAUUCGACCCAGAUCGGCAUUUCGAAAAAAAUUGACGAGCUCAUGGAGAAGGAAUUAACUGAUAGCGGAGCUAGUCAACCCGACGACGGUCCCCAGCCCAACGGAACGGCGGCAGACUCGGCAGCCAAGUAG